GGCUCCCGUCUCCCGCGGCCCUUGCCGCGGCCGGCAUGGAGGGGAACCGGGACGAGGCGGAGAGGUGCGUGCGCAUCGCGCGCGAGGCCCUGGGCGCCGGAGACCGCGACAGGGCCCAGCGCUUCCUGCAGAAGGCCGAGCGGCUGUACCCGCUGCCCGCUGCGCGCGCACUGUUGGAAGUGAUCAUGAAAAAUGGAAGCACUGCUGGAAACAGCCCACACUGCCGGAAGUCCACGAGUGGCGGGGAUCAGAGCAAGGCCAGCUGCACUAAGGACAGCAUACCCGGAAGUGCAGAGAGUGGGAAGGGCUACACCCGCGACCAGGUGGAGGGUGUUCUCAGCAUAAACAAAUGUAAAAAUUACUAUGAAGUACUUGGAGUUAUGAAAGAUGCAAGUGAUGAAGAUUUGAAAAAAGCUUACAGAAAGCUUGCUUUGAAGUUUCAUCCAGACAAAAACCUCGCACCUGGAGCAACAGAUGCAUUUAAAAAGAUUGGAAAUGCUUAUGCUGUUUUAAGUAAUCCCGAGAAACGAAAACAGUAUGACCUCACCGGCAGUGAAGAGGAAGCCUGUAAUAACCAGAGCAACGGCAGGUUCAACUUCCACAGAGGGUGUGAGGCGGACAUCACCCCAGAAGACCUGUUUAAUAUCUUUUUUGGUGGUGGAUUUCCCUCAGGUAGUGUACAUUCAUUUUCAAAUGGCCGAGCUGGUUAUAGCCAUCAACAUCAGCAUCGACAUAGUGGACAUGAAAGAGAAGAGGAAAGAGGAGAUGGAGGUUUUUCUGUGUUUAUCCAGCUGAUGCCCAUAAUUGUAUUGAUCCUCGUGUCAUUAUUAAGCCACUUGAUGGUCUCUAAUCCUCCUUAUUCUUUAUAUCCCAGAUCUGGUUCAGGACAAACUAUUAAAAUGCAGACAGAAAACUUGGGAGUGGUUUAUUAUGUCAACAAGGACUUUAAAAAUGAAUACAAAGGAAUGUUACUACAAAAAGUAGAAAAGAGUGUGGAAGAAGACUAUGUGACUAAUGUUCGAAAUAAUUGCUGGAAAGAAAGACAACAAAGUAAAAACAGAUAUGCAGUAUGCCGCAAAAGUUUACCGUGACGAUCGACUCCGAAGAAAAGCUGAUGCCCUGAACAUGGACAACUGUAAAGAACUGGAGCGACUAACCAGUCUUUACAAAGGAGGAUGAGCUGGGCUUUUUAUUUGUACCUGUUAGCACACUCCUGAUCUCUUCUGUAAAUUUAGUUUCAUCCUGAGAGCUGAAGAAAAGAUUUGAUAUGAAAAACUAAACUGAGUAGUUGGUUUCUGAAAUCUUGGGCUGUUUAUAAUCUACUGGUUCCUUUAAAUAGUAAGAACUUAAAACUAAACUUAAUAUUUUAGUUGUGCUUCUGCUGUUAUUUUCAUUUUAAAAGCUUAUGAUUCCUAACUAAAAAUGUCUUGAAAAGGUAUUAUCACACGUGUAGCUAUUUCCAGUUUUAGUGAUUGUCCAUUUGUCCCUCGUCAUGUAAAUAUUUAUGGAAUGAACAUUUUGUGUACAUACAGGUUAUUGCCUUUUUAUUUAUUUUAGUACUUAGCUCCAUGAGAUACUUCUUUUAAGGCGAUGGAAUAAAUGUUAUAUGACACAAUUACAUUUUCUGUCAGGUGUUAAGUAUGUGGAGUUUAAACAAUGAAGUUUUUUCAAAAGAAAAAAAAAACAAAAACCAUUUAAGUUUCUGUAAACUCUUACAGCGUUAUCAGCUUAGAAGGAAUUAAUAUUUUUAAUAUUGCCAUUAUAUUCCCAAAUAUGUACUGAGAUAAAUGAACUGGUGUAGAGUAUCAGUUUGCUAUUUAGUUUAAUGAAUUGCUAAGCCAUAUGUAGAAAUGAAAUGCUUUACUGAUAGAUUUUAAAGAAAAUAUGAGGAAAUGGCUAUAAUUAUUGAAUUAAGAGGGUCUUCAAUAAUAAAUUGUAGUUAUGCAUUUGCAGUUCUAAUAAUCAAAAGGACCCAAAUGUUCAUUUAUAUGUCUUUGAAGGCUGCUAACAUUUAUGAAGAAGACCCCUAAUUUUCUGCCCAUAGAAAUUUGCAUUUUCUUAGUGAUCAUUUAAACAAAAUCCAAAGGUAAAUAGAUUCUUCUACAAACAAUAAGAAAAAUUACUACUAAAAUACAGCUUUGUGCCUUUUAACCCUACUGCCAACUCCUAAAUGUAUACAUAGAUUCCUGUUAACUUAUUGAUCAGAGCAUGAUCUAUUUGGCCAUGUGCAACAGUGAGCAGAAAUAUAGCAGCAGGUAGAAUAGUGAAUUGUUUAGCAAGUCAUCCUUUAAAAAUUCUAAGCUACAAUCUACUCACUGUUGAGUAAUUAAAUUAAUCCUAUAGGAAUAAGCUCCUUAUAAUUAGAUCCAUAAUAUAAAUUAGAAAAACAGCAGUUGGAAAUUGAAGUUUUUGGUGCCUAUAUAUUGCCUGUUUGAUUUCUAGUCUUCUAUGCUAGUCAUAUUUUGAUGAUUUUGCUUCACACUCAGUAGAACAUGAACAUAUUUUGGUAGUUUUUCUGUGAGGAAGGUAGAGUGGUUUUGUUACUUUUGUUAAAGGAUUUUUUUUUUUCUGGUUAUAGUUAAUUUAUGACAUCUGUUAAAUAAAAUUGAUACUCUUAAAAAAAUUUUCUCUUGUAUCCCCUUCCUAAGUAAAUCAGUAAAAAAGCCUGAUUAAAUUUGAGGUUAAAGUAAACAUAUUCUCAUUGGAAACCUGGACAACUUAACAAAUUUCUUUUAGAAAUGUGAAAAGUAAUGCUUAAAGUAAAAUUUUAAAUAUUUUCUUGAGCCUGUAGAAUAAGUUUUUUAAAAUGUCAUAGCAUUCUAAUUAACUAUGAAAGUUCAUAUAUAUAAAAAAUUUAUAAAAAUUUGAAAAAGAUUCAUGUUUAUUUUUACAGUUUUAAUGAGAAAUUUACACUGUUAUGGUUAAUUUUUAUGUGAACCAAAUCUUCCCAUUCUCCGAUGCCUUUUCCCCUUAAAUCCCCACUUUAAGGGGAUAGGUGAAAUUAUCAAAUUAAGUGAAGUUAUAUGUUAGAAAGCUGCACAUGGCUUUUGGACUGUAAGUAUUGUAUUUCAGGUCUAUUACUGCAUUCCAUUACAUUUCAUAACUUGUUAGGGAGAAUGUGUUUGAUAAAAUAAAAUUUUCAAACAACUAAGAAAUGAUUGAUUUGAGUGACUGACAAUUUGAGUCACAUAUAAAAUAUGCAAGUAAGGUUGAGUUCUUAAUGUCCCCUAUAAUGGGCUGUAAAGGCAAUGAGUAUCUUGUAACUUUAGGUUAAUUGUACACAGUGAGAAGACUUUAAAUAUCUUAGAUGUAAGAUUUUCCUGUUUGUUACUCUUUUUUGGGGGGAGUGGUGCUGGGGAUCGAACUCAGGACCUUGCGCUUGCCAGGAAGGUGUGGUGCCACUGAGCUACAUCCCCGGCCCUGUUACUCUUUUAUGAUUAAAAAUCCCAAAAUUUUGCCAUCUUAUUUUUUAGCUACAUGAGCUUUACAAUUUCACUUGAUCAUUUAGUUCCUACCUAAAAGGCUUUGACUUUAACUAGCUUCUCUUAACUGGCAUUUUGAAAAUUUGACAGUAGUUAUAUUUAUUCAUGCUUUACAUUUUUAAUCCCUUUUUAUGUGCCCACACACACAGUUGUUCUCGUGAAGGUUUGGAGGAAAGGCAAUAGUACCUUUUUUCCUUUUCUUUUGAUUUCUUAGUUUCCAAAUGACUGACACUAAUCAUUUAGUCAUCUGUAAGCUGUGGAACUUAUUCUCGACAAUGAGAAAUUUUAAGUUAUCUGUUCCAUAAUUAAGUGAAAGUAACCUGUUUUGGAAAAAGAUAGCCUUUUGAUUCUUGUUUCAUAAUCAUUACAUGCAUAUUUAUGGUUUACAAAGACUCGGUAGAGAAAGGUCAAGUCCGGAAAGCAUCUCCAUGCCAGUGCUUUACAGUACUGUGCUGUGUAUCAGCUCAGGUGUCCACGGAACAGGAAUGUAGAAAGCUAGCCCUUAACUUUAAUCGCACUUUUAUGCUUCAUUUUUCUUCCUAUCAAAUCUUUUGCACUACAUAUAAAAUAAAAUUAUUACUUGAUUUCCCUUCUUUUGGAUCUGUAAUAUUUUCAAAAGCAGCUAGUUAGCACCUGUAUGCUAAUAUUACUUAAUGUAUUUCUGCAUAUUUCAUUUUUUAAAAAAUCUUCUGCCUUGUUGAGACAGUGGAAUAUUUCUUGAUGGAUGUAAGGACCAAAGGAGCCAUUUUUCCAGUUAAGCAAGUAUUAUGGCAAAGGACCAAAUGAUUAAAAGGGUGCAUUUAUUUAGCUUCUCCGUGUGAAGUAUCGCCUUGGUGGGUUCAGUACUGCCUGUAUUACCAUUCAUCUUCAUACUGGGCGAAGCAAACUAGAAGAGAACGCAUCACAUUUUCCCCUUAUCCGAA